AUAGUGGCUAUUCCACGUGAACAUGAAGGGUGCACUGAAGGGGAAAAGUAAGGAACGGCUACAAAAUUCCCCAAAUGAAAAACAAAAUUUCAGUACCAUCUUUCUGUUGGUCCAGCUAAUCGUGGUGCUAGCUGCCAUUGGAGGGUACGUGUGGUAUGGUCGUCAGGGGCACAGUGGUCUGGAAUGGUGGAAGACGUCGGUGAUCUACCAGAUAUACCCACGGUCAUUCAAAGAUUCGGACGGGGAUGGAGUUGGUGAUCUCAGGGGUAUCAUCUCGAAGCUGGACUACUUCCAGUAUCUCAACGUCAAGGCGAUAUGGCUCAGUCCAUUCUACAGGUCUCCCAUGAAGGACUUCGGAUACGACAUCUCCAACCACACCGACGUCGACCCCAUCUUCGGGACAUUGAAGGACUUUGACGAUUUAGUUACAGAAAGCCAUCGCAGAGACAUCAAAGUGAUUAUCGACUUCGUCCCCAACCACAUGAGCGACCAGCAUCCGUGGUUCCAGGAGAGCCUGAAGGGGACGGGGAAGUACAGGGACUACUUUAUGUGGAGCGACGGCAAGUCAUCAUUUGGAAGGAAGAAACCACCGAAUAACUGGCUGGGCGUGUUUAGUGGGGAGUGCUGGCGAUGGAACGAACAGCGGAAGCAGUAUUACUACCACGCUUUUGUGAAGGAACAGCCUGACUUAAACUACAGAAACCCGGAUGUAGUCAAAGACAUGAACGACGUGCUCCGGUUCUGGAUGGAGAGGGGAGUCGAUGGUAUCCGGGUGGACGCCAUCAUGAAACUGUUCGAAUCCGAGAAUAUAUUCCAGGACGAACCUAGGAGCAACCGUCCUGGAGUACCUGCCUUCCAGUACGAGUAUCUGACACACAUUCACACUGAGAACCUACCAGAGAUCGGGGACGUUGUCAGGGGAUGGAGGAAGGUCAUGGACGAAUAUGAGGCCAAGGACGGUCAGUCAAGGUUUAUGGUGGUUGAGCUGUAUGAUCCCCGGCCAUUAGGAACAAGUACUACGACUAUGGCGCCAUGCCCUUCAACUUUGACCUUGCAGAGGGUCUCAAGGCCAAUUGCGGAGGAAACUGCUUCAGGGAGGCUAUCAGCAACGAAUACGACAAUCUGCCUGCAGGCACAUGGCCCAAGUUUGUGGAUGUAUAACCUCGGUAACCACGACCGUAAGCGGGUGUCCAAACGCUUUGGCGCGGAGUACGUCAACGUCUUGAACAUGCUUCUGCUGACGCUGAAGGGAACGCCCACCACCUACUACGGGGAGGAACUGGGCAUGGAGGAGAUUGAGGUCAGCUUUGAGGACACACAAGAUCCUUGGGGCAUUAACUUUGGAAAGGAGCGGUAUACUGAGUUCUCCCGGGAUCCCUGUCGCUCCCCCCUCCAGUGGGACGCCUUCAGUCAGUCGGGGUUCACAACCUCCUCCAAACCAUGGCUGCCAGUCCACCCGGGUUACAAGACAUGCAACGUGCAGGUACAAAAGAACAAGAAAGAUUCAUCUUUGAAUAUUUACAAAUCCUUAGCAACGUUGCGAGAAGCGACUGCCUUUCAAGAUCCUGAUGUCCAGUUUGCCGUUGUCAACGAUGAAAUUUUAUCCUAUGUGCGAGGUACGGCCAACACUGGCCGAUAUCUCGUUACGAUGAACCUCGGACACGAUUCGUCGACAGCAGAUUACACCAAGGACCCCGUCAGUGCCAAAAACGGCCGCGUUGUCGUAAACACGGGGAACUUUAAUGAAUCGAAAUUUAACGUUGGGAAAAGUCUGUCAUUAUCUAGUUUAACUUUGAAACCUGGACAAGGUUUAGUCCUUAAGUUAUAAGAUAUGCAGGAAUCCUGUUCCGCAAAAUUGUAUGGCAGUGCUAUGCCUCUUUUAGUAUGGUUCUACUUACCUCAGCUCAUAAGCCAACUUCUACCAACAAUCAACAUGGCUAUUUUAUAACAGGUAAUCAAUGCACUUUAAAUAAUAUAACACAACUUAAACAACUUAAAACCAAUUUGAACAACUGAACCACUGGGUUAAAAAUGAGUUUUUAAAAUAUUGUUGUUUUUCAUUUGAAUUUCAUUAAUAAUAAUAAUAUGCUCGCCUUUUCAAAGGAUGUAUAAAUCAUGUCAAUGACACUUGGUUACCUGGGUCUUCACGAGUUGUCUUGGCAUUCCCACUGUUUAACCUGUGACAAGGCCACUCUGAUUACAUACAUUGACCCUCUAUACUUAGCACCAGCGUCUGAAAAAUAACUGGUAGUUUCGACUCGAUUAUUUACAUACCGCCGCCAUGUGGCUGGAAUAUUGCUAAAUUGUGCUACACUCACUCACUCAUUAUGAUAAUGAUGAUUAUCUUUAUUAUGAUUCACUUGUAUUUUUUUAGGAACAUCACUAAUGGUGAUGGUUUUUGUUACUGCAGUUAAUCUGUCAUGCCACGAAAUCAUUAUGAUAAAAUCCCCAUGAUACAGUCACUGUGUUUUAACUUGCGGUGUAUUCCCGUCUUUUCCUGAACAGGGU